AUGUUCAAUGCAUACUAUACCAUCAAUGAUGACAAAAACGCAGAAAAAUGCGCAAGAAAACUUCUUCCCAUGAUCAAAGACUCACAUGCUACAGAAACAGAAGGAACCCUCAGGUUAGCACUGGCAGGUAUUUAUCACAGGCAAAGAAGGUUUCUGGAGGCAGCAAGACUUUCUGAGGACGCGAUCAAAAUCCUGAAGAAAGUAGGUAAUAAGGUGGGAGAAGCCCGAGGUAACACUAGGCUAGGACUUGUGUUUCAAUCACUUCGUGAAUAUCAGAGGGCUAAAGAGCAUUGGGAGAAAGCAGUCGCCAUCAAUAUGGAAAUUGGUGACAAGGAAGAAGUAGCAAUCAAUUGCGAAAACCUAGGAAGAGUGCUGCAAUCACUUGGUGAAUAUCAAAAGGCUAAAGAAAAUCACAAGAAAGCACUUGCCAUCAAUGUGGAAAUUAGUGACAGGGCAAAAGUAGCAACAAAUUACGGAGAUCUAGGAGUUGUGUUGCAAUCACUUCGUGAAUAUCACAAGGCUAAAGAAUGUCACGAGAAAGCAAUUGCCAUCAGCAUGGAAAUUGGUGACAGGGCUGGAGUAGCAGUAAAUUACGGAAACUUAGGAACUGUGUUGCAAUCACUUGGGCAGGAGUAG